UGCCCGGGUCCUCCCGGGCCCCCGCGCGCCCAGCUCCGGGGACCCCGGCUCCGCGCCCUCGCGCGCCCUGGCCGGGCCCGGGGCGGCCCCAACGCCAUGCGCGAGUACAAGGUGGUGGUGCUGGGCUCGGGCGGCGUGGGCAAGUCGGCGCUCACCGUGCAGUUCGUGACGGGCUCUUUCAUCGAGAAAUACGACCCCACGAUCGAGGACUUCUACCGCAAGGAGAUCGAGGUGGACUCGUCGCCCUCGGUGCUGGAGAUCCUGGACACGGCGGGCACCGAGCAGUUCGCCUCCAUGCGGGACCUGUACAUCAAGAACGGCCAGGGCUUCAUCCUCGUCUACAGCCUGGUCAACCAGCAGAGUUUCCAGGACAUCAAGCCCAUGCGGGACCAGAUCGUGCGCGUCAAGCGCUACGAGCGCGUGCCCAUGAUCUUGGUGGGCAAUAAGGUGGACCUGGAGGGCGAGCGCGAGGUGUCGUACGGCGAGGGCAAGGCCCUGGCGGAGGACUGGAGCUGCCCGUUUUUGGAGACGUCGGCCAAAAACAAAGCGUCCGUGGACGAGCUCUUUGCCGAGAUCGUGCGGCAGAUGAACUACGCGGCGCAGCCCGGCGCGGACGAGGGCUGCUGCUCGGCCUGUGCCAUCCUCUAGGCGGUGUGGGACUGGAGUGGGGGGACGCUGCGGGCCUUCCGUGGGGCUGCCCCGCUCGGCCCGGCCUCGCCCGCUCCCUAGCUCCGGGCCCCACGCGUCCCCAAACCCCACCGAGCGCCCGGCCAGAGCGCGCGCGCUUGGGCACCGAGCGCUGGAACCGUCCAGAGUAGCCAAAGUGCCAACCUCUAAGGAGGCGCAGGGAGGACCCACCCGGAGAAGGCUACGGGAGCUGGGCACGCGUGGCUGUGCGCUCUUGGAGCUUUCCGUCUCCUCCAUUCCAAGUUUUCUACCUGUUUCAGGACGCAAGAGGCAGAGGAAGGAGUUGGAGGCCAGGCAAAAGCUUGUGGGGUGCCCUCUCCCCCCCCACCCCCUUGUCUUUAUCCAAGAGUGGUUGGAAACUCCUCCACGGGCCGGCUCCCACUCGCGGUCUGAAGCUGUCUAUGCAACAUUGGACUCUUUGCUAGGGUGUAUCCAAUCCAUCCAAGUAUUGCACAUUCGAGCUGGGACUCAACCCCGAAGCCUGCAGUGUGUGUGUGUGUGUGUGAAGGGUUGCCAGAAAGUAUCUGCUGACAUUUGUGGGGAGAAAAAUCUAUUUUGUUUACCUACUGUAUCUAAGGGGGGGUCCUGAGGGAGAACGGUAGUAUUUUUUUUAUCAGCUGUGAAAACAAAACAAAACAAAACCACGUCUCAGAACUUC